GGGCCACUGGCGAGUGUGUGCAGGUGCUCCAGGGACCUGCCUUGGCGAGGACCGAGGGAGACCCCAGGUCACCAUGUGCGCUCUCCCCGGCCUGCGGGGGCCCAGGGCGCCGCCCCAGCCGCUGCUCCUCCUGUGCCUCCUGGCGGUGGUGCGCCCAAGCUCCGCGGAUGACCAUCCCCCAGCUUUACCUUUUACAAGUCUACCUGCUCGAGGAGAAAUGCUGGCCAGAUACUCCAACCUUUCCUUGGAGAGUCACAACCUAUCCCUGACUGAAUAUUCCAAUAUUGCAGUAGAAAAAAAUAUCACUUUGCAAAGACCUUCUAAUGUAGAACUCACGUGCCAAUUCACAACAUCUGGGAAUCUGAGUUCAGUAAAUGUGACUUGGAGAAAAGAUGAUGAACUUAUUGAGAAUAAUUAUCUCAUCAAUGCAACAGGAAAGAUUCUGUAUACCCAAUACAUGUUCACCAUCAUUGAUAGCAAACAAAUGGGAAGCUAUACUUGUUUCUUCCAAGAGGAAAAGGAACAAAGGGGCACAUUUAAUUUCAAAGUCCCGGAACUUCAUGGAAAAAACAAACCAGUGAUCACUUAUGUGGGGGAUUCAGCUGUAUUGAUAUGUAAAUGCCCAAAGUGUGUUCCUUUAAAUUGGACCUGGUACAGUAUGAAUGGGAGUGUGCAGGUUCCUCUUGAUGUUCAAAUGAGCGAUAAGUAUGUGAUCAGUGGACCAAAUGCUAAUGAAACAAGGCUCAAGAUAAUGCAUCUUUCAGAGGAAGAUCAGGGAGCUUACUGGUGCCAUGCAAUAUUCCAAUUAGGCGAGAGUGAAGACCACAUUGACCUUGUCGUGCUGAGUUAUUUGGUGCCCCUCAAACCAUUUCUUGCAAUAGCUGCUGAGGUUGUUCUUUUAGUGACUAUUAUUCUGCUUUGUGAAAUGUACACCCAAAAGAAAAAGAACCGCCCAGAUGAUGGCAAAGAAUUUGAACAAAUUGAACAGCUGAAAUCAGAUGAUAGCAAUGGUAUAGAAAAUAAUGUCCCCAGGUACAGAAAAAAUGAAUCUGUGAGCCAAUGAAUGAGAAGCCUCAUGCCAAGACUCAUGGGAAGAUGUACAAAGAGUUUGUAUUUCUGCUUUGUUUAUGCUUCCUGUUAAGAAAAUCAGAGUUAUUUUUAAAAGAAUAAAAAGUUUAAGCAACAUG